GAGGGUCGCGGCGUUCAGCUGCACUCAAAGAAGACGAUCGUCUGCACCCAGUUCUGGACGAGAGCGGAGAGAAUCCUGUACAGAGUCUGGGGAUGCAACGUCAUGAACGUGGGCGCGGCACCGGAGGUGAAGCUGGCUCGGGAGGCUGAAGCAACGUACGUCUGCAUCAACUUCUCUGGAACCGAUGUCUCAACCCAGAUACGCUCUGAUCGCCAGGGCGACCGACAUUCCUCCAUUGUGCAUCGCAGCGGAUCAUCGAAUGAAGAAGAUUGGCAGCAGUUGGCAUAUGUGCUACCCGCAAAAGGCUCUUUUCUGGCAUCAUGUCGUGGAUAA